UGGCGGUGUCGAGUUUCAGGCGCAGGAACGCGCAGGGCAACGCUGGGCAGGCGCGCUGCGAGCCGUUCGAUUGGCAGACUGGACCUGCGUCAUCGUGGCCCUCCAACCCGGCCAGGCAUGCUGGCCUCCACACCUCCUUCCCGCUCAGCCUCCUCGCUAUGCCAGCGAACCAUCAGAGACGAAAAUCAGGGUUUGGACGCCAUGCCAGGUUCCUGGUUCGGUGCAGGCGGCGCUGGCCGGCGGGGGCCAGGCCGUCCAGUCACGAUGGACGAGUUCGACUGCUGCCGAUCCUGUUAUUUAUAUUUUGACGCCGCUCUUUUAUCCAUCAUGUUUGAACCAUGAUGGCCUCUCGUCCCUUUGAAUAGAUACAUACAGUUAUCUACCCCUACACCCAACUCACACCUCAUAUUCCGCCUCCCGCCCUCUAAAUGUUGACAUCAGACCUCUUCAACGACACCCACGCGGUCCCCAUCCGCAUCACCAACAGCUGCGCCGACACGAUAUGGCCAGCUGUGGCAACGCAGCACGGCCGGGGCCCCGGGCUCGGCGGCUUCGAGCUCGGCGGCGGCAAGACGCGCGACUUUAACGUCAGCUUCGACUGGCAGGGCCGCGUCUGGGGCCGCACAAACUGCACCUUCAACGCCAACGACACCGGGCCCGCCGACCCCAGCAGGGGCAGCGCCGCGGGGCCCGGCACGGCCUGCGCGACGGGCGACUGCUUCGGCGUGCGCGACUGCGCGGGUGGCGGCCAGGUGCCCAGCACGCUGGCCGAGUUCACGCUGCAGGGCGGCGUGGGCGGCAAGCAGACCUUUUACGAUAUCAGCCUCGUCGACGGCUACAACCUGCCCGUCGGCAUCGUCUACAUCCCGGCCCCCAACACCACCUUCAUCCCGCCCAACCUGGUCAACCCGAGCUGCAUCGCCACGGACGGCUGGCUCGCCCCUCCCUCCAGGAUCGGGGCCACCUACACCAACCGCUCGUACCCCAUGCCCUACGAGCCGCGCCAGGACAACGCCGCCGUCGGCCGCUGGUGCCCCUGGCCCCUGCAGCGCUUCCCGCCCGCCAAGCCCGGCGACGGCGUCUACCCCUACCCGGACGACGGCGUCGAGCGGCCCCCGUUCAACCCCUGCAUGAGCGCCUGCGUCGCCACAAACUCGGACGAGGACUGCUGCCGCGGCUCCCACAACGACCCCAACGUGUGCCGCGGCGGCCUGUACGCGGCCAACGCCAAGCGCGUCUGCCCGGACGCCUACAGCUUCGCCUACGACGACCAGACGUCGACGUUUAUCAUACCGUCGGGCGGCGGCUGGGAGGUCGUCUUCUGCCCCGCCGGCCGCUCGACCAACAUCCUGUCCACCUUUGGCACCCAGAUGCAGCACCUGGCCGCCAGCGGCAACCUCACCCGCCAGAUGCUGGAGGACGUCGCCAGCGAGGACUACAUCAGGAGCCACUCCUCGGCUGCUGUCCGUGGCGGCCACGUGUCUUUGAGGGCCUUGGCUGCGUUUACCCUCGGUCUGGGGUUGCUCACUGCCUUGUGAUAGGAGGCUCGCCAACAAGCCACAAGUCCUAACUACUUGUCGGCCAAGGAAAAGCUGGGUGCUGGACAUGCAUCUCUUUCCUUGGUACUAUUCUCUUUUUCCCACUGCCCUCCGGGUUCUUCCCUAUAUCGUAUCUUUUUUGUAUAGGCCGCCUCUUAUUUUUUUUUUAUGUCCAAGUUCUGGACACCACUCCGCAGGUUUUGUUCUUUUUUUGUUUGUUUGAGCGGCAUAUACCCCUUUUUUGUAUUGCGCGGGCCACAUCUUUGUCCAACCCCUAUAUCCCAGAUGGGGUACAUUGACCCCCUAGGCAUAGUUAUCAUAAAUUAGUAACAGAUAUCUUUUGGUAAUCAUCAUUUGAUAGAUCAGAGAAUCACAAUGCUUCCAGCUCGACAUGUCAAGGAUACGCCCACUAUU